AAUAGGAAUGACUUCUAUUUUAGCCCUUGGCAACGCAUAUGCUGGUGAGCAGUGUGGGUGCAAUAUUUGAAUAACAUAGAUCCCUACAUUUAUUUUGCAACGCUCGCGCACGCAAUACGAGCGGUGUAGUCAGGGUAUAAGGGAGACCAGGAGACGGUGAGACCAGGGGACAGAGGUGUGUAAGGGAGACCAGGCAACGGGAGAGAUGGUGAAGACCAGGGGAGAGACGGUUCAUGAGUGAGGUUCUAGCAGUCUGUGAAACCAGUCUACAGGGAAGAGGUGAAUCGUUGUGGAGUCCAUCAGGAGGGGACAGAGUGGUGUGGCCUACUCUGGUGGUAUCAGACAGACGGUACUUUGUAGCUCCGUUAGUAGAGUUUGGUGCUUGCAACAAUAGUGGGUUCGAUCCCCGGUAGCACCCGUAUAUAAAACGUCUCUUCGGAUAAAAGCGUUUGCUAAAUGGCAUUUGUUCUUCUAUCACAGACAGACAGCACCAUCUAAUCAUGUUCUGUUUCUCUGUAGCUUUGUAUUCUUAGCAGAAAAGCCUGCUGGGACACGUUAGGCAAAUCACUUUUUUCAGCUCACGUGUGUGUGUGUGUGUGUGCGUGUGCGUGUGCGUGUGUGCGCGUUUAUUCCCCCUGCCCUGGGUUACUCAUCCCUCUCUCCCUGAGGAGAAUGGUCCUUCCUUUUAUCUAAUUCUACAAACUCUAGAAUUAUAUUAAGAAUCCAGAACUUAAUCUAAAAACUCGAUCUAGAGGCUAUAUCGAGACUCUAUAAUCCAUAUAUCUAGACUCUCUAACCCAUAUAUAUAGACUCUAUAACCUGUAUAUCUAGCCUGUCUAACCGGUCUGUGAAUGGACACCCUGGUUCAGCUCCAGAACAGCCCGUUCCUCAUGGGUCUCUGUCGGAACGGAGCUCCAGUAGACCUGCAGUAUGACAAUUCUUCAGAACUGUUCCGUAUCUCCACCUUCGCCCGGUUUCCGUCAUUGGGGGUAACGGAGCGCAGUUUGGCGAGGGCAGGGUGGUUCUAUACUGGCGUUGGAGACCGGGUGCAGUGUUUCAGGUGGGUGAUGGUUCUAUACUGGUGUUGGAGACAGGGUGCAGUGUUUCAGGUGGGUGAUGGUUCUAUACUGGUGUUGGAGACAGGGUGCAGUGUUUCAGGUGGGUGGUGGUUCUAUACUGGUGUUGGAGACAGGGUGCAGUGUUUCAGGUGGGUGGUGGUUCUAUACUGGUGUUGGAGACAGGGUGCAGUGUUUCAGGUGGGUGACGGUUCUAUACUGGUGUUGGAGACAGGGUGCAGUGUUUCAGGUGGGUGUUGGUUCUAUACUGGCGUUGGAGACCGGGUGCAGUGUUUCAGGUGUAACGUGACGGCGGAGGGCUGGCAGACAGGGGACUGUCCAACAGAGAGACACAGACAGCUGUCCUCCUCCUGCUCCUUCAUCCAGACCCUCCCCUCCACAGCCAACCUCCUCUCCUCCUCACACUCGGCCUUCUCUCCUCUACGCAGCGCCCCUGUCAUCCCGGUGGCAGGCCCUGGCCCAGCCCCCCUCCCUGUCUCCGCUCCUAACCCUGCCCCCAACCCAGUGCCGGGGGAGGAGCCUGUUGGAUAUUUGAAUAUGGGGUUCUCUGCCCCGCCCCCCUCCAGCCCGCUGAGCUCCAGAGGAGUAGAGGACAUGUCCCACCAGAGACCCCCUACCUGUCACAACCCCAGUAUGAGGAGAGAGCAAGACCGUCUGGACUCCUUCCACUCCUGGAUCCUGUCCAUCAUUACCCCCUCUGAGCUGGCUAAGGCUGGCUUCUAUUACCUGGGACAGGGAGACCGCGUGGCCUGCUUCACCUGUGGAGGACAGCUCAGUAACUGGGAGCCAGGGGACCGGGCCGUAUCAGAGCACCAGAGACAUUACCCCAACUGUCACUUCGUCAGAGGAGACCGGGCCGACAACGUCUCCCUGGCCGGGGUGGUGGGGGGGGUAGCAGGCACCUCUCAGCCCCCCGGGGCAGAAGCCCCCGCCCCCCCGGGCCCCGGCCCCCCAGGUCUCAGUAACGUGUCUAACCCAGCCAUGCAGCAGCGUGAGGAGAGGUUGCUGACCUUCGUCCACUGGCCCUUACGUAUCCCCGUGCGCCCUGACCAGCUGGCCAAAGCAGGGUUCUACUACGUCGGGCGUAAUGAUGACGUGAAGUGUUUCUGCUGUGACGGGGGUCUGAGAUGCUGGGAGUCAGGUGACGACCCCUGGGUGGAGCACGCCAAAUGGUUCCCUAGGUGUGUGUACCUGCUCCAGGAGAAAGGUCAGGAGUUUGUCCAUCAGAUCCAGGCUCGCUUCCCUCGCCUCUUUGAACAGCUCCUAACCAAUGGGGACAGCAGCUCCAGAGAGUUUGUGGACCCCCCGGGUGAGGAGCGCUCGGAGGAUGCCGUGAUGAUGAAUACUGCGGUGGUUGUGUCGUCACUAGAGAUGGGGUUUGAGCGUGGCCUGGUGAAGCAGACAGUCCAGAGUAAGAUUCUGACCAGCGGAGAGAACUACAAGACAGUCCAGGAACUGGUCUCAGACCUGCUGAGUGCAGAAGAUCAGAAGAGAGAGGAGGAGCGAGAGAUGCUGGCCGAGGAGAUGGCUUCUGACGGUCAUUCAUUCUUAAAGAGACACCAGGCAGCGUUGGUCCAGCGCCUGAAGAGUGUUGAGUCUGUCCUGGAGCACCUCCGAGAGCAGAACGUCAUCAGUGGAGAGGAAUACAGUGGUCUCCAAGGCCAGUCCUCCCAGCAGCAGACAGCCAAACUGAUAGACUUGGUCUUGACUAAAGGGAACGCAGCAGCUGAGGUCUUCAGGAACUGGAUCCAGAAGAACGAUGUCUACCUGCUCAGAGACCUCAUGGCCCAGGCAAAUGAAGCCGCAUCACCGAGUCAAGAUCUCUCAGAUCUGCCGAUGGAGGAGCAGCUACGGCGCCUGCAGGAGGAGCGGACCUGUAAGGUGUGUAUGGACAAGGAGGUGAACAUUGUCUUCAUCCCGUGUGGUCACCUGGUGGUCUGUAAGGAGUGUGCUCCCUCUCUGAGGAAAUGUCCCAUCUGCAGAGGACUGGUCAAGGGCACCGUCCGAACCUUCCUCUCCUAGAAGACCUCCAGGAACCAGGGACCCUCCCUGAGGAAAUGUCCCAUCUGCAGAGGACUGGUCAAGGGCACCGUCCGAACCUUCCUCUCCUAGAAGACCUCCAGGAACCAGGGUCCCUCCCAGCACUGUCAAACUUCUUUGACCUAGUCUCCUAUCUACUCCUAGAGAAUAGCUACCAACAGUCUAUUCUAAGCGUGUCAUUCUCUAUUCCUGGACGGCUGUGUUUGCUGGUUUUUCUGAUCUCCUUUCAUUUCGUGUCCAAUGAAUUCCUAGAGAACCAGGUGAGGGGAGUUCCUAUUUAAUCAAUAAAGACCUAGACAGUCAGGUGAGGGGAGUUGCUAACUAAUCAAUAAAGAAAUAGACAGUCAGGUGAGGGGAGUUGCUAACUAAUCAAUAAAGACCUAGACAGUCAGGUGAGGGGAGUUGCUAACUAAUCAAUAAAGACCUAGACAGUCAAGUGAGGGGCAGUACUAUUUAAUCAAUAAAGAGCUAGACAACCAGGUGAGGGGGGUUCCUGACUAAUCAAUAAAGACCAAGACAACCAGGUGAGGGGAUUUCCUAACUAAUCAGUGACCUUUAUUGAUCAAUCAAGAACAAGAGAGUAGUGGAAACCCGCAGACACUCGACCCUCGAGGACUGGAGUUUGACACUAUCCCAUAAGCAACAACUCUACAAUCUCACCGUCUCUAAUCAUAUCGGAAUGUAGCCUGUUAAACCUACCUGCUUAACCAUUAACUAAUAUGUUCCUGUGUAGAUAUACACAUUACAGAACUCUGUAGGAAUGCAUGAGGUUAUAUAAAGGCAUAACUAUAAUUGUCCAUCUAUGUAAUUAGUCCAUGGAUAGAGCAUACAACUACUUCCUGUAGUUGUAGUUUCAACUGGACAGAUGAUGUGUAGUAACCAGUGAAGGCCUGUGCAUCUUGAAUAGCACCCUAUUCCCUAUUUUGGGCACAUUGGGAACUGGUUAAAAGUAGUGCACUAUAUAGCAAAUAAGAUGCCAUUUGGAAAGCAAGGCAGCCAGUCAAGGCCCUCGCAUGUAAAGGCUAGGUUGACUAUUCUGCUGUUGAAUGUCUCAAAUAAAGGCUAGGUUGACUAUUC